CUAAUCCGGACCCAAAAUUUUGAAGAAAAUUAAAAUUAAGGGUCCCAUCAUGUUUAUAUCGUACAACUCACCCAUCAAUUAAUGAACAUAAUAAUUGCUUAAGAACAAAGGAAGUUCUUCUAACCAAAGAAGAAUUGAGGACAGCUUUGGGUUGGUGUCACCGAAUGAGCUUCCAUCAUCACCAUCCAAUACCUUAAAAUUGAAGCUGGAAAUUGGAAAAUGGCAAAGAUCGAAAGAAAGAAAGGAAAAUAUGGAAUGAUUAAGCAUCAUUUCUUUAACAAAUUUUUUGGAAUAUAGAAUUAGCCUCCUGAUACAAUAACCAUGAGCCACAAAGAGGGACAUUAAGGCCCAAUAAUUAAUGAGAUCAAUUUCUUUGGGAAAAUUGAUUACCACUAUGGAAAGAGGGAAGGCUUCCUUGGUUUAUAUUGUUAAUGAUAAUCAAGGAACAGCCAAUCAUAUGUCUUUUGUUUUCUAUGUUUUCACAUGUAAACACUCAAUACCCUCCAAAGCAAAUACCAGACAAAGUAAUAGACGUACUUGAUUUGUAGCCAUAUGCAUCGACUAGGCAUUUCUUAAUUAGUUGUUCUCAAACAUCUUGGCUUCUUGAGUUUCUUUUCUGCAUCCUUUGCUUUGUGCUUUCUUUUAGAGCUUUUUUCUUGAUCUUUUCUCUUGUGAUCGACCUCUGCUGAUUGCAUGGCUGAUUCAUAUGAUGAAGAGUGUGAUUACCUGUUUAAGGCUGUUCUGAUUGGCGAUUCUGCGGUCGGGAAAUCAAAUCUCCUCUCCAGGUUUGCAACAGAUGAAUUUCGAUUGGAUUCCAAGCCAACUAUAGGAGUCGAAUUCGCUUACCGGAAUGUUAAGAUUGGUGACAAAAUCAUCAAGGCUCAAAUUUGGGACACCGCCGGCCAAGAAAGGUUUAGAGCCAUUACAAGUUCAUACUAUCGUGGAGCAUUGGGGGCAUUGUUAGUGUAUGACAUAAGCAGGAGAACAACGUUCAGAAAUGUGAAGAAAUGGAUGCAUGAGCUAAGAGAAUUCGGUAACUUGGAUAUGGUGGUGGUUCUUGUUGGGAAUAAAUCAGAUUUGGGUGAUCAGCGUAGGGAAGUAAGUGAGGAAGAAGGGAGAAACCUAGCAGAGAUGGAAGGUUUGUUUUUCAUGGAAACCUCUGCAUUGGAAAAUGUGAAUGUAGAGGAAGCAUUUUUAAGAAUGAUCACCAAAAUCCAUGAAAUCACAAGCCAAAAAUGUUUAGAAGCUAAAACAAAUGAAACAACACUUCAUGGUGGAAAACAAAUACUCACUAUUAAUGAUGAGGUGACUGCCACUAAACAGUCAAAUAAUUGUUGUUACAAGUGAAUUUUUAUAUUUCUUUUUACUCCAAAA